CUCUUCAAAUAUUUUCUCAGACCCUUUUUUUUUUUUCUACUUUUUCUGGGACCCGUAUGAUUCGAAUGUUGGUGUGUUUAAUUUUGUCCCAGAGGUCUCUGAGACUGUCCUCAAUUCUUUUCAUUUUUUUUUCUUUAUUUUGCUUCCUAGCAGUUAUUUCCACCAUUUUAUCUUCCAGCUCACUUAUCCGUUCUUCUGCCUCAGUUAUUCUGUUAUUGAGUCCUUCUAGAGUAUUUUUAAUUUCAGUAGUUGCGUUGUUCAUCACUGUUUGUUUACGCUUUCUUUCUUCUAGAUCCUUGUUAAAUGUUUUUUGUAUUUUCUCCAUUCUGUUCCCAAGAUUUUGGAUCAUCUUUACUAUCAUUACCUGAGUUCUUUUUCAGUUCUGCCAUCACAUUACCAUUUGAGAACAAUCACAAACCGUUUCUCGAGGUCCUUUCAGAAACACGUUGUUUUGUGUUUACUGUGUAUUUCCUUUGGUUGGUGCUAGUUAAUCUUCUCAACCUCCUGUUCCACGCAAACCCCAGUCGCAACUUGAGACCGUCAAGCCCACGGUCACAGGAAGGAAUGUAGUUAAUGUCCAUACUCUAUGACUCAGCGAUCAUCUCCAGAGAAGUGAAUGGAUGCUCUGUUGUGAAGUCUUUCUUAAAUGAUUCAUGAACCAGGGAAAUCUGGGCUCUACUGUCCACCAGCGGGAAGCAGGACACAGAGGGGCUGGGGGGCUCAGUGAAGGGCCGUGUGGCUGUCGGGUGGUAUAUCCACGACCUCCAGGCCCCCCACGAGGCUCUCUGGGCAGAGGACACCCGGCCAGCAGCCGUGCUCAAUUACUCAUGCAUUUGACAGUGUGUAAUCAUCUUAGCAUAAUUGAGAAAGAACCUAAAGAAAAGGGUCUUAUUGUGUCAUAUUCCUUCUGAGGAGAUCGUCAUACACGCUCAGACAUUUGUUUGGAUUCUCCAGCGGGAACGAAGGAAAUGCUCUCCGGGGUGGUGGUCGUAUCUGGGAAGGAUCCGGUCCAGCACCAGGGGGUCUCCUUGACAGUGGAAGGAACCGUGAACCUCCAACUCAGCGCCAAGAGUGUGGGUGUGUUCGAAGCAUUCUAUAAUUCUGUUAAGCCCAUCCAGAUUAUCAACAGUACCAUCGAAAUGGUGAAACCAGGAAAAUUUCCCAGUGGCAAAACAGAAAUUCCUUUUGAAUUUCCUCUGCACGUGAAGGGUAACAGAGUUCUGUAUGAGACUUACCACGGCGUGUUUGUCAACAUUCAGUAUACCCUGCGCUGUGACAUGAGGCGGUCCCUGCUGGCCAAGGACUUGACCAAGACCUGUGAAUUCAUCGUUCACUCUGCUCCUCAGAAGGGGAAACUGACUCCGAGCCCCGUGGACUUCACUGUCACACCUGAAACCUUACAGAAUGUCAAAGAGAGAGCCUUGCUCCCCAAAUUUCUCAUCAGAGGACAUCUCAACUCGACCAACUGUGUUAUCACACAGCCACUAACGGGAGAGCUGGUGGUGGAGAGCUCGGAGGCCGCCAUCAAAAGCAUCGAGCUGCAGCUGGUGCGCGUGGAGACCUGCGGCUGUGCAGAAGGGUACGCCCGCGAUGCCACAGAGAUUCAGAACAUUCAGAUCGCCGACGGGGACGUUUGUCGGGGCCUCUCUGUCCCCAUAUACAUGGUCUUCCCCCGGCUCUUCACCUGCCCGACACUGGAGACCACCAACUUCAAAGUGGGUAGUAUAUGCCCACCGUACACAAUCCAGAGGCACCAGGGCCUCGAGUGCAGAGUCAGUGCCUGCAGCCACCGGGAUCCGCCCGGCCACAGCCUCGUGCCACCCCCGCGCGUCCCACCAGGAGUGCUCCCUGGCCACGCCACACACCGCGUUCUGAAACGGGUGUUUUUUCCGGAGCAUACACUGCAGCGCGACUUGAGCCGUGGUUGGUUGAAUCUGCAGAUGCAGAACCACAGCUGUGGAGGAACUGCUGAAUAAGGGGCAGC